CACAAUACAGAGUCACAGACCCUGGUCCCUGGAUUCAAAUUGACUGAAGUGAAUCUUAAAUAAAAGUCGAAAUCGAAAGCUAAAUUACUCCCAAAGUGUUAACCACCAUUACCCGCCACCGUAUUCCGCCGUGAUUUCACCAGAAAAUUCAUAACAUUACGUGAGGUCAGCUGUACAGAAAUCAAUUCAAUUCUAUGAUCUUGACACAUCACUUUCAAAUUGGGUAAUUGAUAUCGAAAGAUCUGGAAGGAGCAGGGAGUUAUUAUUAAGUAAAAAGAGGAUGGAGAAAGCAAGUACUUUGGAUUAUAUCAAUCAGAUGUUUCCUACAGAAGCAUCUUUAUCGGGUGUAGAGCCACUGAUGCAAAAAGUACACAAUGAGAUACGUGUUGUUGAUGCUGAAAUUCUAGCAGCUGUUCGUCAACAGAGUAAUUCAGGGUCAAAAGCAAAGGAGGAUCUGGCUGCAGCUACAAGUGCUGUGAAGGAACUUAUGUAUAAAGUUAGAGAAAUUAAAAGCAAAGCCGAGCAAAGCGAAACAAUGGUUCAGGAAAUAUGCCGUGACAUUAAAAAGCUGGAUUUUGCAAAGAAACACAUAACAACUACAAUUACGGCCCUCCAUCGUCUUACUAUGCUAGUAUCUGCCAUCGAGCAACUUCAAGGAAUGGCUUCAAAACGACAGUAUAAAGAGGCUUCUGCUCAGUUAGAGGCAGUCAGCCAAUUAUGCAGUCAUUUUGAUGGAUACAGAGAUAACCCCAAGAUUAGCGAGCUAAGAGAUAAGUUCAAGAACAUCAAACAAAUUCUCAAGUCUCAUGUGUUUUCUGAUUUCUCCAGCCUAGGUACGGGUAAAGAGACUGAGGAUAGUAAUUUGCUGCAACUUCUCUCAGAUGCUUGCUUAGUUGUUGAUGCACUAGAGCCAUCAGUGAGGGAAGAGUUGGUGAAGAACUUUUGUGACAGAGAACUUAUUUCUUAUCAGCAGAUAUUUGAAGGAGCUGAGCUAGCAAAGUUGGAUAAAACAGAGAGGAGAUAUGCUUGGGUCAAACGUCGUUUAAGAACGAACGAGGAGAUAUGGAAAAUCUUUCCCACUUCAUGGCAUGUUGAUUAUCUGAUGUGCAUUCAGUUUUGCAAAUUGACCAGGACACAACUUGAAGAUAUUCUUGAAAACUUGAAAGAGAAGCCAGAUGUUGGAACACUCCUGAUGGCAUUGCAACGGACAAUAGAAUUCGAGGAAGAGUUGGCAGAUAAAUUUGGUGGUAGUGGUAGUAGCAGAAAUGUAACAGACGGCCUUGAGGAAAUAGAUAAGGCAGAGAAUGGUAAUCAUAUUGUACUAGACAUUCGUAAGAAGUACGAGAAAAAGCUUGCUGCACAUCAGGGGAACCAGGAUGAUGAUAAAGAGUUAGCUGUUCCUGGAGCUGGGUUCAAUUUCCGUGGAAUAAUAUCAUCUUGCUUCGAACCACACUUAAUGGUGUAUGUAGAAUUCGAAGAGAAGACACUUAUGGACAAUCUGGAGAAGCUUGUUCAGGAAGAAACGUGGGACAUGGAUGAGGGAAGUCAGACAAAUAUAUUAUCCAGUAGCAUGCAGGUGUUUUUGAUUAUUAGAAGGAGCUUAAAGCGUUGCUCGGCGUUGACCAAGAACCAGACUCUGCUAAAUUUAUUGAAGGUUUUUCAAAGAGUUCUGAGAGCUUAUGCUACAAAGCUUUAUAUGAAGUUGCCUAAAGGUGGCACAGGGAUUGUUGCUGCUGCAACAGGGAUGGACGGACAGAUCAAGACAUCUGAUAAAGACGAAAGAAUGAUAUGCUAUAUUGUGAAUACUGCAGAAUAUUGUCAUAAAACGGCUGAAGAGUUGGCCGAGAAUGUCUCCAAAAUAAUCGAUACACAACUGGUUGAUGCCGUGGACAUGUCAGAAGUGCAGGAUGAAUUUUCAGCAGUAAUAACCAAAGCAUUGGUAACAUUAGUCAAUGGCUUGGAAACCAAAUUUGAUAUUGAAAUGGCUGCAAUGACACGUGUUCCAUGGGGUACCCUAGAAAGUGUGGGCGAUCAGUCAGAGUAUGUCAAUAGCAUAAAAAUGAUCCUCAAUGGUAGCAUCCCUAUACUUGGAAGCCUUCUUUCUCCAGUUUAUUUUCAGUUCUUUCUAGACAAGCUUGCAUCAUCUCUAGGUCCACGCUUUUAUCUCAAUAUCUUCAAGUGCAAGCAGAUAUCAGAGACUGGGGCUCAACAAAUGUUGCUAGAUACUCAGGCUGUAAAGACAAUACUUUUAGAUAUUCCAUCCCUUGGAAAACAGACAUCAGGAGCUGCUAGUUACUCAAAAUUUGUGAGUCGUGAGAUGAGCAAAGCAGAAGCACUUCUAAAGGUUAUCCUGUCUCCAGUGGACUCGGUGGCAGAUACGUACAGUGCACUACUACCUGAGGGAACACCUUCGGAGUUUCAGCGAAUCCUAGAGCUCAAGGGAUUGAAAAAAGCAGAUCAACAAACGAUACUAGAAGAUUUUAACAAGCGCGGGUCUGGAAUCUCACAAAUACCGAUGGCUACAUCAGCAGUCCAGGUGAUCCCUGCAGCGGCCCCUGCACCUCCCCCUGUGGUGAAUCAACCUUCUAGUGCACUUCUUGCUUCAAGAGAGGAUGUACUCACUAGGGCAGCAGCACUAGGUAGAGGUGCUGCUACAACUGGUUUCAAAAGAUUCCUUGCUUUGACUGAAGCCGCAAAAGACCGAACAGAUGGACCUUUUAGAAAACUCUUCAAUCCAUGAGCAUACCAUAACUUGUGUAUUACAAUAUUUAAGCUCAAUUUUGCAUAUAGAAAAGACGUAAUAGGAAAAAAGAAAUAAUUUUUUUAUGGCUUGGUUACGGCUAGACUAUAGAUUGAGGACCCUGAUUUUCAACCCGAGUAUGUGUUGUUACCAAUUGUACACUAGAAUCCUAUAGUAGUAUGUCUUCACAAACAUACGCUACAAUGUUUCUUUCUAUUACCCAGCAAACCGUGUCCAAUUUUUUUUAA